AUGUCGAAGGCUUCUCCAUCUUCAAGAACCCAAACGUCGCCGCGCUCGUACUCCUCCGCAUUCGCGUCCACGUCGGCGACGAAUUUCUAUCCUGGAACGUACUCCUCGGCGAACGCCAAAGUGCAGCGCCACUUUAGGUCAUCAUCAACGUCGCCGACGGUGAGAUUCUUGGCGGUGGAGCAGAGAGCGGAGUCUCCGGUGCGGCAGUCGAUAACCGUGACGACGAAUAGUCAAAGGAACAAAGAGGCGGUAUCGUCGUCGUCUUCGUCGAAGAGUGAGAGCGAGAAGAGGACGUGCAUGUGUUCUCCAACGACGCACGCUGGGUCGUUCCGAUGCGCGUUCCACAAACAGUUAGUGGAGAGGCAGCGGCAGCGGCAGCAGACGACGUCGUUAAACGGUAGAAAACUGAACCUUCUGAGAUCAGCGAUGAAGAAUUCGGUGGUGCGGAUUGGAGGAGUGGAGGGAGAGAUUCUGAGGAGAGCCUUGACGACUCUGAUUAGACCAUCGUCGCAUCACUUGCGUCGGCGUGAAGCCUUUGAGCCCAGGCCCACUCGCCUCUCCCUCAUACAGUUAGGUUUGGACAGUUUAGUUACACUGGCAGGUAAGCAUGAUUAUUCACGUGGAGGUGAUGGCAGAGGGAGAAGCUAUUGUCAGUUAGUUUGUCAUAAUCAUAUCUCAAAAAUGGCGAGGCUGGUUCUCAAAGCUGGCAGCAGACCCCCAUGGGUGGGUCUUGCGGCUGCAGUUUGGAUUCAGAUAGCAGUUGGGAAUCCAUUCAACUUCCCUCUCUAUUCUUCUGCCCUCAAAUCUGUGUUGUCUCUCAACCAGCAACAGAUCACUAUUCUGGGAGUGGCCAAUGAUUUUGGGGAGAGCAUGGCUCUGCUUCCCGGCAUUGCCUCCAACAAGUUCCCUCCUUGGGCUUUCCUUCUCCUUGGUUCUCUCCUUUGUUUCUUUGGUUAUGGCCUUAUCUACCUCACUGUUACCCAAAUUGUUUCUCAAAUCCCCUAUAUCCUGAUAUGCCUUGCCCUGUGUGUUGCCACUAACAGCAGUGCAUGGUUUGGAACAGCUGUGUUUGUCACCAACAUGAGAAACUUUCCUCUCAGUAGAGGCACCAUCUCUGGCAUUCUUAAUGGUUAUGGCGGGAUCAGUGCUGAAGUAUACACCUUAAUUUAUAGCAUGGUGCUGAAAGGGUCAGCUUCUAAAUUACUCUUGUUCCUAACAAUUGGACUUCCUGCUGUAUGUUUAGUUUUGAUGUUCUUCAUUCGGCCUUGCACUCCUCCUUCUGGGGAAGACUCUUCAGUGCAUGUGCAUUUUAUUUUUGUCCAAGUUGCAAGUGUUUUACUUGCCUCCUAUCUUGUUACCACCACAAUUGCGAGUGACAUGGUCUCUAUGAAUGAUGCUGUUACCUACAUCUUGGUUCCCAUAAUGGUUAUACUUCUGAUAGCUCCCCUUGCAAUUCCUAUCAAAAUGACACUAUUUCCUUCUAAUUCAAAGAGAAAUGUUUCGCUGGCUGGUUCUUCAGAUCAUUUGGCAUCAGGCGAUGACAUUUCAAGGCAGACAAGUCCAUUGCUCACACCAUCUUCGUCAGCUGCCAUUCUUGAGAGUUUUCAUGAAAGUGGUGAUGUCUCGGAUGUUGAGAUGCUCAUUGCAGAAGGACAGGGAGCCGUGAGGGAGAAAAGGAGACCUAAGAGGGGUGAUGAUUUCAAGUUCCGUGAAGCUUUCAUCAAGGCAGACUUUUGGCUUUGCUGGUUUGCUUAUUUUCUUGGGGUGGGCUCAGGAGUAACAGUUCUCAAUAAUCUGGCUCAAAUUGGAGUUGCCUUGGGUGUAGACGAUACAACCAUAUUGCUCUCAGUCUUCAGCUUCUGCAAUUUUAUAGGCCGUCUUGGCGCUGGUGUUGUUUCUGAAUACUUUGUUAGGUUGAUAGCACUACCUCGAACAUUUUGGAUGACAAGUACACAAAUAAUCAUGAGCAUAGCACUUUUACUUUAUGCUUCUGCUGUAGACGGCACUCUUUAUGCUGCAACUGCUUUGCUUGGUAUCUGCUAUGGGGUUCAAUGUUCUAUUAUGGCUCCAACUAUCUCUGAGCUUUUUGGUUUGAAACACUUUGGUGUUAUUAGUAGCUUCAUGAUGCUAGGCAAUCCAAUUGGUGCCCUUAUUUUCUCUGUUUUUCUUGCGGGCAAUGUGUAUGAUACAGAAGCUAAAAAGCAAGGAAACUCCACCUGCUAUGGUGCAGAUUGCUUCAGGUUCACUUUUCUGGUUUUGGCUGGUGUCUGUGGACUUGGUACCAUCAUCAGUAUGAUUUUGACACUUAGAACGCGACCAGUGUAUCGAAUGCUAUAUGCUGGAGGUUCAUUUCGUCUAUCUCAGACUUCAAUCCACUGA